AUGGUUUACUGGAUUACAAAUGAAAAGGACAUGCUAAAUGAAUGGAUUCAAAAAGAAAAGGAAACAAUGGUAGGAUUGAUAGAGAAAGAGAAGAACAUGCUUAAUGAAUGUAUACAAAAAGAAAAAGCAACAAUUAUCCAGGAUGCAGCCGAGCGUGAUGAAUAUUCUAAAGUCAGGAAUAUUUACUAUGGUCUUAAGGAGAAAAUUCAUAAGCGGAACAAGUGUAGUAUGAUUGCAGACAAGUCACCAGCUGGAUUGGAUACAGUAAAAGAAUACCUGUCAGACAAGUUUGAUUCCGAUUCCGAGGAUGAGAACACGGACGUUGACGGACCAAGAAGCACAAGGAACAACAGCGUUUUAUCAUGUAUUGGGGCAUUGUCAGUGAUAACGUACCAGACUUAUUCCAGCAAACGACGGGAAGACAAAACUUUGAAUGAGUUAAAAAGCAAAGUAGAGGUAGCGUUUGCUGAAAUAAAGAAAAAACACGAGGAAAGAUUGAUCGAGUUGACAAGAAAAGAGAUGAAUGUUUUAACUGAACAAGCUGCAAGGAUAGAAAAAAAAAGUAAAAGUGUGAUUGAAUUGAUAGAAAAGGAGAAAAGUAAGUUAACGGAACAAACUGCAAUAAACAAAAAAGAGAUGGAAAAGUUGGUAAAAUUUGUAGAAACAGAAAAACAAACGUUGAAAGAGCAUGCUACGGAAACAGAAAACGAGCAGAAAACGUUAUCCGAAUUGAUAAGACAAGAGAAGCACAAGCUAUCUGAACAAGCUACAAAGACAAAACAAGAGAAACAAAAAUUAUCUGAUUUGAUACAAAAAGAGCAAGGAACAUUAAUUGAACAAGCUGCUAGAAUGGAAAAGGAGAAACAAGCUUUGAUGGAAUUCAUAGAAAUGGAGAAAAAGUUGAAUGAACAGCAUGCAAUGAUUGAAAAAGAGAUACAAAAACUAACCCAUCAAGCUGCUAAGAUAGAAAAGGAGAAAGAAAAUUUGUCCAAUUUGAUAGCAAAAGAGAAGGAAACAUCAACUACACAAGCUCAAAAUCUAGAAAGAGAAAAGAACAUGUUUAUGAAAUUAAUAGGAAAUGAGAUGAAGUUUUUGAAUGAUCAAGUUGAAUUAGUAAGAAAGGAAAACGAAACGGUAACAACAAUGAUGAUUCAAGAGAAGAAAACAUUAACUGAACAAGCUGCAAAAAUAGAAAAAGAGAAGAACAUUUGCACUAAAUUGAUAGAAAAGGGGGAGAAAGCGGUUACUGAACUGAUUACAGGUAGAGAAAAACUUAAGGGAGAUGUGGUAAACUUGCUCGGACCGGAAAAGAAAACAACAGCUGAAUAA